CCGACUCACUUCCGCCAACCAGCGCCCGCCCGCGUUGCUUUUUUUUUUUUCGCGGACAGGGCGGGGCUACGCAGGGAGGAGGAAAAAAGUUUUGAGAGAAGAGCCGAGAAGUGGCUGUUGUGGCCCCGGGACCCCUCCCGCCGCCCCCUUCCAGGUCACUAGAAAAGGAAUAUGGCUCAAGAAACCAACCAUAGCCAAGUGCCUAUGCUUUGUUCCACUGGAUGCGGAUUUUAUGGAAACCCUCGUACGAACGGCAUGUGUUCAGUAUGCUAUAAAGAACAUCUCCAACGGCAGAAUGGUAGUAAUGGUAGAAUUAGCCCACCAGCAACAUCUGUUAAUAGUCUAGCUGAAUCUUUACCGGUUCAAUGCACUGAAAGCACUCUCCAGGACGCUCCGCCAACACUAGAGUCUACACCUGUACCACCUAUGCAACCAAGCCCUGUGUCAGUCCCAUCAACGCUCUUAGCAGAAUCUGUAGCAACGUGUGAAGUGGAAAGUACAGCCAUAGUGGACAAAACAGGACCGGAAAGAGAAGAUGUGCAAGAAUCAACAUCAGUGGACCUUGCCGAGACAAUUUCAAUAGACAGUACCGGAGAGGAAUUGUCGAUGGAUAACUCAGAUUUACCUGACACUACCAGGGGCUCAGAAACAGAAUGCGAUUAUGACGCAAGCAUAGAAAAUAAUAUAGAUGAUCCCGAUUUCCCGGAUGAGAGCUCGAGAGUGAAAACGAAGCGGUGUGACACAGAUAUCACGCUAAACACAGUAGCUUCAGCAUCAGAUAAUGCAGAACCUUCCUCUGAAGAACAGGACAAGUCCCUUGACAAACCAAAACAGAAAAAAACUCGCUGCUUCAUGUGCCGGAAGAAAGUUGGUCUUACUGGGUUUGAAUGCAGGUGCGGAAACGUUUAUUGCGGCGUACACCGUUACUCAGACGUCCACAGUUGCUCUUACAAUUACAAAGCCGACGCCGCAGAAAAGAUCAGAAAAGAGAAUCCUGUAGUUGUCGGCGAAAAGAUCCAGAAGAUUUGAACUGCUACUCUUGCUGGAAUAUUAAACAAAAUUGACCAUCUGCAGAUGAAAUUGACUUGAGCUUCUUCCCACCUCCCCACCACCGCCCCUCGCCCCCCAAAAAACUUUCCAUUCUUCUCCAUCCUUCCCUUUAGUCACUGGGAACACCAGCGCGUGUUUUCCGAAUCAUGCAUGUCAUCCGAAUAACCUAGACUCCCCCCUUCCCCCCUUGUUUAGAACAUAUCCGAACACAUCCUUUAAGGC